GCUGUUUAUGUUUUCAGUGUUCUCGCUUGCUCUUGGAACUUGACAUGCAUCAUAGUUCAAUUAAUCUCAUAUUUGUUUUAUGUAUGAGGUCUGCUUUGUACUAUUGUACCAAUAAUCUACACCUAGGUAAUUUUUUAAGCAAUGUAUUGUUUUAAUAAAAUAAAAUUAAAAAAACAACAAAGUCGGUUUUAAUUUUGCCUCUCAAGGGUUUUGAAGAGGACUGGUCUGCCCCCCCUCCCCUCACCUGGAGAAAUGUUGCCAACCGUAGAAUUAAUGAAGGCCUCAAAUUUAAGCCAAGCAGCCUUUGACAGACACUAGUUGGAUAGUCUAUUCCUCCUUGUGCCAGUCCUCAAACACCUAAAACCUCAUAGAAAGAGUAAAACCUGGUUUGGGCUAGAGAGUUGAGCAGACGUGAUAGUGCCUGCGUGUGCCAGCCAUGACGAAUCUGGCGUUGGUGGCGCCUCCUAGCGGCCGGAGUAGGCGAUAUAUUCCCGGUGUAUUCCCCUCUGUUUUGCUUCGCAAGCGCUUCUGACAGCCGACGGCGUCGGCGCAGGCCCGUAGCAGUCGAAGGUCAGUAGCACCGGUCGGUAGUUCGUAGGCGCAGUAAGCUUCUCGUGUUCGCUGCAGCAUUUCUUCUGCACGAUGAAUUCCAGCAGCGAGUGUGGCCUCUGUUACAAUCGCUACGAUGACACAGUGCGGAUUCCAAAAAACUUGUCGUGCGGUCACGUUAAAUGUCUGGAAUGCUUGAACCGGACCAAACUCACUCAACGGCAGAUGAACAGGCCCCUCAAAUGUCCGGAGUGUGCCGUACUGAUCCUUGUCGAACCGGUGGAUCUUACGACUAACUACACCAUCCUCCAAGAGGCUUCUGGUGUUGCUAACCAAUUUCACUGUGAUAGGUGCAACAAAGUAGCUGAUUGGGAGUGCGAGAAAAAUGGACACUCGCUCAGAGGCCUUUGGGCUCACCGUGCGCUACAGACGGAAAGCUCCCGCAAGGCGGUCGACGCCUGGUCCGCCGUCCUGGAGAAGGUGGUCCCCAAAGUGCUGCAGAUGAAGGACAUCGCGGAGGAGCAGCUGCAGGAGACCUUGGUGUCCCAGAGCAAGGCCAACCAGCUGACGCAGCGCCUCAGUGCCUUUAUCAACGGCAGGGCGGGCCCCGGGGCCGACCAAGAGGGCGCCAUGCGAGACGCAGGCGAGUGCUCGCUGAGGCUGCCGCCCCUGCAGCGAGGCGCCAAGUUCAUGGAGCUGGACAAGGGGUCGGUUCGCUUCGAGGUGCAGGACGGCGGCGAAAUCUGGGCCGCCAACCUGGACAUGGGCAGCGGGUCCACCGUGAAGCCCGAGGUGCUGUCGGUGGCGCAGUUCCUCAUGUUCCUCCUCUGCAAGGAGGGCUACAUGCAGAAGCAGGAGCCUCGUUGCGAUUUAAUGUCUCUACUCCAGCAGGGUCAGAACCACCUCAGCCGGGCGGUCAAAGACCUCAAGCUGACGGGCGACAAGGCGCCGAAGCCGAAGGGCCCCAGUCCAGCUGUCAACGUGCAGGGCCAGCAGGGCCAGCAGGGCCAGGGCCAGCAGGGCCCUCGCGGCCGGCAGCCUGCACAGCCCGCACCCGCAUGGACCAUCACGGACGACGGCGUGCUGGACCUGAGCCCCAGUGGCGUGGGGGGCGCCCCGCUCGGGCCGCAGGACAAGGCCGCCAUCUUAAAGAGCACCAAGCUGGUGACGCAUCUCAUCGCCCACAAGUGCAACGAAGAUCCUGACUUCUACACGAACGUGAUCGUGAAGCACGCCCCGUACAUCGAGAAGCUUGAACUGCGCCAGGUGCACCAGAGCCACCUCCACAUGCUGGGCUCAAUGAGGAUGCUCACGGACCUGAAGCUACUGAACUACGUCGGCAAGGUGUCCGUCGGCAUGUCAGCCCAGCCGGGCUGCGUGCUCCGCUCCCUGUUCGUCAAGCUGCCCACCAACGUGCAGUUCGACCUGUGGGAGGCGUACGCCUCGUCGCUCAGCAACAUCGUGAUGCGCAUCGAGGUGUCGUCGCUCGGCAUCCACACGAGGGUGAGGGCCAUGGUGGCCAAGACGCCGAACCUGCGCACCCUGGUGCUGUCGCGCUACAACAGCGCCGAGCACACGCCAGAGGAGUGCGCCAAGCAGCUGGGCCUCAUCAGCAGCCUCAUCCACAAUGGCAUCAAGGUCUCGUGCAGCAUCUGCGCAGCCAACACCCCCCUGUAGAGCGGCUCUGUGGGCGAGGGAGGUGAGGGCUUCAAGGACGAACCGGGGGAGUAAUCAAAAUGUAAAAUAAAUUUGAAACGUAAAUUUACGCCAACUGGCGCGUGCAGGGUCUGCAGUUAUGAACCUGCCCACCCAUUGGAGUAGAUAAAUACACAAAAAUAAUAUAAAUAAUAAGCAAAAACAUAAAAAAUAAAUUGAUAAACUAAAUCUAAUGAAAUAAUAGAGAACUAAUUUUCUAGGCACUUUUUGAGGGUGACUUAGGCAUGUUUUAAAUGUGCUUUAUAGUAUAUGCUGUGCGUACAUUGAUUUCUGUUGUGAUAGAAAUUUGUGAUAGUUUGCUGCAAAGGGGUAAAAUGAUUUGUUUUCAGCCUAGGUUUAAAAAAAAUGAAGUUCUUCAAAUUGUAAUGGCUUUUAUGAUUUUAAUUUUCUUAAAAAUCUUUAUUAAAACAACGA